AUGGCGCCAAUCACAUCUGAUUCAAAAGCUGCUGGAAGUACACCCUCGCCUUAUCAGAUAGAUGUCGACCAAACACUGAAAGCCUCCACUGCCCUGCUACAGCAUGUGCAACAAGAGGCCAAACGGCUGAAAGACCUUUCAGCAAAGAAGAGCCUCCUGGACAACGACGAUGGUGACUCGGAUUCCGAGGAGCAGCUAGCCGAGGACCCACCAAUAUGGUUGACCCUGACCACUAAGAAGCACAUCGUUGACAAGAAUCGUCUCAAACCCGGCAAAAUCCCUGUACCACAUUCAAUCAACAACUCGCCCUCCCUCAGCAUCUGUCUCAUCACCGCUGAUCCUCAACGCGCCGUCAAAGAUGUGGUGGCCGACCCAACAUUUCCUGCCUCUCUAUCUGCGAGAAUUGGGAAGGUGAUCGGCUACUCAAAACUAAAAGCAAAAUACCAUUCCUUCGAGAGCCGAAGACAACUUUUAGCGGAGCACGAUGUCUUUCUCGCCGACGACAGGAUCAUCACCAGGCUAGUAGAUACGCUUGGGAAGAUAUUUUACAAAGACUCCGCCAAGAGACCUAUCCCUAUCCGAAUCGCACAGCUAGAAAAGAUCGACGGCAAACGAGUCAAGCCUGCCAACAAAAACUUACGAGCAGGCGACCAAUCCGCAACAGUAGCUUCCCCACCCAUUGUUGCCAAAGAAAUUCAAUCCGCCCUCAAUGCGGUCCCCGUUUCCCUCCGUCCUGGCACCAACGCCGCUGUCCGUGUUGGCCGAGCAAGCUUUACGCCCACCCAACUAUCUGAGAAUAUCACCACCGUGGCAUCAGCCAUGAUAGACCGCUACGUCGCCCGCGGCUGGCGAAACGUCAAAGGAAUCCACAUCAAAUCGCCCAACUCAGCCGCUCUCCCCAUCUGGCUAGCCGAUGAUCUUUGGGUUGCCGAUGACGACGUCGUGAAAGACGGGGAGGAGGUAGAGUUACGAAAGAAGAAGGAGGCGGAAGUCGCAGCAAAGAGGGAGAAUAGGAAGAAACGAAAGGCGGAACGCGAGGAGGGGCGUUUGAGGGUGGAUCAGCACCAGCAGCAGCAUCAGAGCAAGAAGCAGAAAUCGAAAGACACACAGGAGAUGGAGGCUAGGGGGUUGGAUGUGGCAAGAAAGGCUAAGCUGGCGCGGCAGAAGGCGAGGGUAUUAGAGGCCAGUGUGUGA